UUUAAUUACAGUGCACUUUUGAAGGAUGGUAGCUCGUAUAUGUAAACAGAGAGAAAAUCUGGUACAAAGUCUCAUUGUAAGACUUGUUCAGUAUUAACACGUGUAUACUUCAAGACUUACUGAAUAAAAGUUAUAAACUUAUAAAAUCGAUUUGUAAAUUAUACCCAGUGAAAUUGAACGAUACACGUAACCGCGAAUCGAACAAAUGAUUGUGUAUAUAUAAUGUCUGGUGAUUAUUUGGGGGAGAUACAAGCGACACGUACUUGAGAUAAGAAGAGCGUACAAUUGUUUGGACGUACAGAAACAGUUUCUAAACUGUAUACAGUUUAGAUCUUCAUCUGUGUAAUUGUUAUAAUUGCGCGCUAUAAAUUCUAGCUAUAAAACAUAGGACGUGUCAGUGAUAGGGACGCCUGGACGCCAUGAUGGACGGCAUAUGCGAUACUGCCGACAUAUUAAAUAACGUUCCUCCUAAGAAGACGAUUCACGCUGACAAUGUAGACCUCUCGGACAAGUCGUUACAGGUGGAUAUAUCGGACGCCCUUAGUGAGAAAGACAAAGUGAAGUUCACUGUGCACACAACGACGACGUUACCCGAAUUCCAGAAACCAGACAACUUAGUCGUCAGGCAGCACGAGGAGUUCGUCUGGCUGCACGAUCGAUUCGAAGAGAACGAAGAAUAUGCUGGCUACAUCAUUCCUCCUUGUCCGCCGCGGCCGGACUUCGAUGCCUCCCGGGAGAAGUUACAGAAACUCGGCGAGGGCGAGGGUAACAUGACACGUGAAGAGUUCAAUAAGAUGAAACAGGAACUGGAGGCUGAAUAUUUAGCGACGUUUAAGAAAACUGUUGCCAUGCACGAAAUGUUUUUAACUAGAUUAGCGAAUCAUCCGGUUUUUCGUAACGAUCAUAAUUUAAGAGUGUUUCUGGAAUACGAUCAGGACCUCCGCGUGAGAGGGAAAAAUAAAAUGGAGAUGUUCGGUGGUUUGGUAAAAUCGUUUUCCACAACCACAGACGAAUAUUACCUGUCGGCGACUGUGAAGGACGUGAACGACUUCUUCGAUCAGGAGAUGUCAUUUUUACAAAGUUAUCAUCAUAACUUGAAAGAGGCGACGGCCCGUGCCGAUCGACAAACGGCUAAACACAAGGACGUGGCGGACUCGUAUAUCAAAAUCUCUACGAAUCUCUUGCAACUGGCUACGACUGAUAACGGGAAACUGGAACGUUUUUUAACAAAGAUCGCCGAGAUGUUCGAGAAGUUAAGGAAAGUCGAGGGGAGAGUAGCGUCUGACGAGGAUUUAAAAUUAUCGGACACCCUUCGUUAUUACAUGAGGGAUACAGCCGCGGCUAAGCGGCUCCUGUUCAGAAGAUUGAAAGCGCUGCAUGCGUACGAAUCUGCGAAUCGUGCUCUGGAGAAAGCUCGUGCCAAAAAUAAAGAUGUUCACGCUGCAGUGGAAGUUGCUGAGGCGGAGCAAGCUCAGACCGAAGCCUGUGAGAAGUUCGAACAGAUGUCAGAGAAAGGAAAAGAGGAAUUAAUGGACUUCAAAACGAGGAGAGUAGGCGCUUUCAGGAAGAAUCUAGUUGAACUCGCCGAACUCGAAAUAAAACACGCUAAAGCACACGCGGAAUUGCUCAAGAAAUGCUUAACGAUCUUACGAGAAGAGUGAUCCAGUUUUCUAAUUCCCAUUCUAAGGAUUACUAUGUAAUCCAUACGAAGAUAACAAUCUAUUUAAAAUCAUAGUAAUGUAAUGGCACUGCAAAAUAUAUAUUUUUUGUUAUCUAGAUUUAUAUUAUAUCCGAAAGAAAAGAAUAGUAUUACUAACUGCAAAAGGACUCCGUAUUAAAAUACGAUUCUUGUUGUUUAAUAUAUUUGCAAGGCAUCAAAGUUUAUAUAUAUAUACGUGUAAACAUUGCAAUUGUUUAUGAGAGCAGACAAUUCGUUUUCUUUUGUAUAAUUCUUUAACGAAUCGUUUCGUUUGGUACAAUAAAGAUAUUGUUUUUU